GUUGGGGCCUAUGAAUAGCAGAUAACUCCCAUCCGCGAUCCUUCCUACGACGUCCAAUUCCAUACACUCAAAAAGUUGAGCGAUGAAGUCCGUGAGAUAGCCAACGAGCAAACAUUCUCUGAGGUUCCCGAAUUAUAUGACCGUCGCCAUGGUCUCUACUAUUUGUUCGACAUACCGACUCUGACUCGACGCCAACUGACGUCUGUCGUACCAAGCACAUCAAGCAGAUUCGUCUUUCAGGACGGAGGCACUUUUUCAGGAGGACAUCCCGUCAUAGACCUCGGCCUUCUGCGAAGUCUUCCUUCGGAAAGAACACUCCUGCUUACGCUUACCUACAUGAUGAGGCUUCCACUUGAAGCCGUACUCAAGUGGCCUCGACCCAACUUUGAGAAUCCACAGACCAGGGGGCAAGUUGGCUUGAUCGUAGGCACAACGCUCCUAACCUUUGUUACCGUACUUCUGGCCGUUCGAAUAUUUACUCGUCAAUACAUUUCGAAAGGACUCGGACUUGAUGAUAUCCUCAUUGUGCUCGCAUAUAUUCCUGCCAUUAUCUUUGCCGUGAUCGCCAUGGUCGCCCAGUCACACCUAGGUUGGAACAAGCAUAUAUGGGAUGUGCACGAAGAGUUCUUCGUGCCAUCGCUAAAAGCAAGUCUCGCCGUUUUUAUUCUCUUCGACCUGGCGUCCACAGUGACAAAAUUGUCGAUACUGGCUAUGAUCCAUCGUCUCACGGUGGCUUCCGACGACAAGUGGACAAAUCGAUGCGUCCUGAUAAUGGCGGGACUGGUCUGCGUCAAUGGCUUCAUCUUUGUAGUGGUGACGCUAUUUCAGUGCAGACCGGUAUCUGAAUAUUGGACGGUGUCUUUGGAGCCUCAGAACUGUAUUAAUGAUGACGUGCACUUGCUUGUCGCGGGAACCAUCAACACUGCCGAAGACUUCACACUAGUCUUCCUGCCGAUACGGACAGUAAUGAGGUUGGAGCUGCGGCGAAAAGAAAAGCUCAUUGUCAUGGGGCUGUUCGGUGCGGGACUGCUUGUGUCGUGCGCUGGAAUCGCGAGGAUUUAUUUGACCUGGAUUUUCGCAACUACCCCUGACUUCGACCUCACAUGGACAGGCUGGGACGUCGUUCUUGCCAGUAACGUGGAGCUGUUCCUUGGCAUUACGUGCGCGUCGCUCCCAGCAAUCAAACCUUUCUUCGCACAGUAUCUUCCGCAGGUUAUCGGUCAAACCUUUCGAACACACAAGUCCAACAACGACAUGCGAUAUAGCAAAGAUGUCAAGUUAGUCCAGCUUCUAGAUCCUGAACUCGCCUAUGUUCGAACGCCGUCACCCGCCAGCUCUACAUUCCCUCCGAACCGACCAUACCCUUCCCACUAUCAUCACGGCAUGAGAAGUACAGGUCUGAACACUCCUCGGCCAUCUGCCUCAGACGAAGGGCAGUCAUCCUCCCCCAUGUUUUCUGAGGACCAUCACACAUCCCUGGUCUCAGAAGACGCCAGCGUGUACACCGAACGCUUCUCGCGUCCACCACAAAGAGCCGGCGUACGAUUCAGCAACCGCUCCAUUACUCCCUACCCCACCGAUGCUGGGAACCCGGAUCGGCAGACCGUCGUCAUCAUGUUCCAGGACGACGAAGAAAUGGGAGGCCGAAGUACUGAAAGCUGAUUUGAGGCACCACAUACUUCGUCGCCAACUCAUCAUCACAACAUUACACACAAAUUAUUUCACAUCAGUGUGGCGAGAACAUUUGUUACACCGUGCGACCUAAUCAGUCAUUCCUGUCUUUUCACUCCUCGAGGCUAUUCCACCUUAAACGAUGCUCGAAGAGAACAUGAUUCACCUCCAAACAGCAAACACCAUCGUCCAAACGGUACGCAAACUGCGGCAUAAACACGCACAUACAAACCACGGUAAUUACACUGGGAGGCGUUCGCAUGAUACCAAACUGUCUUUUCCACAUAUGCUGUAUCUGCAACGUUGUUUUAUGAUUCCGCGGAAGUUGAC